AUGCCAUUCAAUCUGAUCCUAGACCUUCUUCCCGACGAUUUCGACCACCUCCACAUAUCGCCAGAUCGCUGGCAAGAGCAAGAAACCACAAUAACCCUCAUCACGAAGCAAAUCCAACGAGAGGAGAACCAUCCCUUCGAUCCGCACCGAAAACCCCUCCAAGUCUCUCUCAGCAUCAACAAUCCCCAAACCUUAGCAGAACUAGGCGAGCAGCUCUCCAACUUACCACCCAGGAUCCAAACCCUCACCCUGACUCUACCCCAAAACCCGCCUGGCGCGAAGCUUUCCAUGUCAGAUGUCGACUUGCCGGUCAAAUACAUCACACACCUACGCAUCAAAAUCUUGCCUGACGACUUCCCCGAAUAUGAGCCCACGCCAGAAGACUGGAAUGAGCUCGCUCAGGCGUGGGGGGAUGCAUUUUUUUGCAUGCCAGGGCGACAUCACAUCGAGAAUGUUCUGUUGGACCUACGCGGCAUAGACCCUUUCGUGAUACCAGACAUCGUUCCUCUUCUAGUGGAGGUGACGACGGAGUUGUACACGAGAACGAAAGAAGAAAGUGGGAGGGAGUUGGUUUUUGGCGUUGUGGGUGCGGAGAGGCAGAGGCAGUGGAUAGAGGGGCAGUUGCCGGGGAAGUCGGAGGAUGACUUGUUUGACGAGGAGUUGGCUGCUGCGCGAAGACAACGUGGUGGUGGGUAG